AUGUUAAAAAAAACACCAGUAUCGGAUUAUACGGAAGGGGCCUAUAGGGAGGCUGUAUCCAGGCUACGGUACUUGUUGAAUGAAUCUUAUUAUCCAUCAUCGACAAGGUACCAUGGGAUUGGGUUUUCUAAACAGGAAGAAAGUGACGAAGAUAAAGAGUCUCCGAUGGCAACGGACAGAACCCAACCCCCAAGGGUGAGCCCGUAUCGAAGACCGUAUUUUCCAAGAAGACCCACAAAACCAAUUCAUCAAAAUGUUCAAUCUAACAGUAGCCAAUAUUACGGUGAAGAUGAUUCGGAUAAUGGAAAUCAAUUUACGGGUUCUCCAGAAUUAAUAGCUUUUAUAGAAAGGCAAGAAGAGUACAUAGAUCAAUUGGAAAAGGAGGCACAAUAUUGCAGGGACGAGCUAUCUCAUCUUCUACGCAAGGUGAAAGAAUUGAUUACAGAAAACGAAUUAUUACAAGAUCAACAAAAGACUGGUUUAAUGAAGGUCAUGCUUGAAGGUGUGGAUGAAGAGAGAUUUCAGAGUCAAAAUAAAUACAUGAAAAAUCUCGAGGGGCCAUUGAUUGUUUUUGAAUCGCGUAUAAGCGAAUUAGAAGCACAAUUAACACAGACUAAAAUGGACCUUCGAAAAGCUCAAGAUGAAGUUGAAAUGUAUAAGCAAAAAUUACAAGAUGCUCAACCAUCUUCAUCAAAUUACGAUUUUUAUAAACAAAUAGAAAAUUUACAAAGGGAAAAAAAAGAUUUAAACGAAUCGUUGGCAAAACUUCAAGCAUCAAUUAAUCAAAUACGAGAAAAAGAAAUGGAUGCAUCGAAAAAAGUACAAAAAACGUUAGACGUUGUAGAUAAAACACAAUUUGAAAAACAACAAGCUGAAUUAGAAGUGUAUCGUUUGAAAAGCGAAUUAGAAAUGCAACACGAUAAACUUUUAGAAGUUUUAUCCGAGCAAACGAGAAAAGUUGCAGAUGAAAGAAGUCAAGCCGAGCGUCGGUAUCAGCAACAUAUCGAAAGGUUAAAUUCCGAAUUGACAAUGCAACGCGAUGCCGUAUCCAAAUUACAUAUGGAAAUAGAAAAAUACAAAAGAAUCGAAGAAGAUUUAAAACGAGAUUUAAACGCAAAAAAUAUGACAAUAGAAAAUGUUAAAAAAGAACUCAGUAAUAAAAUUGCGGGAUUGCAAAAAGAAUUAGCUUCUGCUUUGGCGGAAAGAGAUUCCAUGGAACAAGAGCUUAACACGAGUAGAAUGUCAACCGAACGUGUAGAACGUUUAAACAAACAAGAAUCGAACAGGUUACAAGUUGAAAUAUCAUCGCUUAAGAAACGUUUGGACGGCGGUGAUGUUGAUUUGAUACAUUGCAGAAAAGAAAAUCUUAGACUUUUGGAAAAAAUAUCCGAUUUGGAAAAGGAUGUAGGUUACAAUAUAAAGUUAGGAGAACAAAAAGAUCCGAUUGAAGAAGAAGAAAAAAAUGCAAGAGAAAAAAUAAUUAAUACGAGAAUAUCUGAAAUUGAAUCGAAACACGUCGAAAAAGUGUCCGAUCUUGAAGGUCUGAUAGAAAACCAGUCCCAAGUGAUGGCACAACUCAAGGCCGAAUGUGAAUCCCUCACCCAGAAGUUAGAGGAAUCUACUGCACGUCACAAGUAA